GAUGGACAAACGUGCGGGCACUAAGACCGCAAGGCAUUCAUUUCCUCCUACGGUGGAUGCGGACGCUGGGAGGAGAGCCCCUGAGCUAGGAGCUGGGAGCAGAGGCGCAGAGAACACGUAGCGACUCCGAAGAUCAGCCCCAAUGAACAUGUCAGUGUUGACUUUACAAGAAUAUGAAUUCGAAAAGCAGUUCAACGAGAACGAAGCCAUCCAAUGGAUGCAGGAAAACUGGAAGAAGUCUUUCCUGUUUUCUGCGCUGUACGCUGCCUUUAUCUUUGGUGGUCGGCAUCUGAUGAACAAGCGAGCCAAGUUUGAACUUCGGAAGCCGCUCGUGCUCUGGUCGCUGACUCUUGCCGUCUUCAGUAUAUUCGGUGCUCUUCGAACUGGUGCUUACAUGCUGUACAUUCUGAUGACCAAAGGCCUGAAGCAGUCAGUUUGUGACCAGAGUUUUUACAAUGGACCUGUCAGCAAAUUCUGGGCUUAUGCAUUUGUGCUCAGCAAAGCACCCGAACUAGGUGACACGAUAUUCAUCAUUCUGAGGAAACAGAAACUGAUCUUCCUGCACUGGUACCACCACAUCACUGUGCUCCUGUACUCCUGGUACUCCUACAAAGACAUGGUCGCUGGGGGUGGUUGGUUCAUGACUAUGAACUAUGGCGUGCAUGCCGUCAUGUACUCUUACUACGCCUUGCGGGCUGCGGGUUUCCGAGUCUCCCGGAAGUUUGCCAUGUUCAUCACCUUGUCCCAGAUCACUCAGAUGCUGAUGGGCUGUGUCAUUAACUACCUGGUCUUCAACUGGAUGCAGCAUGACAACGACCAGUGCUACUCCCACUUUCAGAACAUCUUCUGGUCCUCGCUCAUGUACCUCAGCUACCUUGUGCUCUUCUGCCAUUUCUUCUUUGAGGCCUACAUCGGCAAAGUGAAGAAAGCCACGAAGGCUGAGUAGUGUCAGGGCUGAGGAGGAAGUCAUAGCUCAGGGUCAUCACGAAAAAUAAUCGACAAAAGAAAAAUGGCACAAGGAAUCCCAUAUGGUGCAGCUAAAACAAAACAAAACAUCCGUAUGAGCAGGCACGAGGCCCAAGGCAGCUUGGGACUGAAGAUUAGGUUGUAAGUUUAUGAUCCUUUCUGGGUGAGGACUCGCUGAGUGCAACUCUUAUCUCAAAGCACGGCUGCUGAGGGGACCCCUUCCCUCUGGCCUGUCAACUCUAGAACACACUAGAUGCAAAGGCAGCCACGGGCAAAGAGAUUGGGCAGAGAUUAGUGGACGGCCAGCAAAACACUGCAGGAAGCAGGUGGGGGGAGGAAUCUACUCAGCCUUUUUGUUUUGUUUUGUUUUGUUUUGUUUUGUUUUUCUCUAAGGAUAAAGGAGUUUCCCCUUUUCAAACGAUGUGAGCACACACACACACACACACACACACACACACACACACACACACGCAAUCUUUUCAACACGAAACCAGAGCUAAAAGAAAAGAUAAACAUGGGAGAGACAGGGUUUCUAUCUGGGACAGCAAUGCUUUUGCAAAAGGCUAGGCCUUUUAAAGAAAGGUGAGCUUGUAACUCCUUGAUAAAAGAUGUCUUAAUUAUUUUUACUGCAACUGAAAGUAAAGAGGUAGAGCCUUUCCCCUUCUGCACAGCCUCAGGGCUUGUAUGUUCGCUACAACCAAACACAGGACAGUACUUCCCCCAUGAUACUUUAUUACUGGGAGAAAGAAACCCCUGUAGUUGAAACACCACACUGACAACUGUUAUUUCUGCUCUCCGACGAGAAUUCAAGCAUCCGUUGUUCAGUUGCCCCAAACUUUAGGACGGAGGAGUAAAUGCAGAACUGAAAGGGAAGAAGCUCAGCUGGCUGGCUUGAAAAUGGAGUCUUGUACCAUGUGUAACAAAUGCCAGCCCAUCGUCCCUGGAGCUGAACAGGGAGGAAGGGCUAUGGGCAGAGACUAGAGCCGGAUUCAUCCAAUGUGCAGACAGCGUGUUCGCCUCCCUCCCUGUUCGACCUCACACAUAAUCCUGGCUUUCUAAAUGAGGCCCUGUGACACACUCUGUGCUUUCUAUAUUUUUGUGACUUUCAAACACAGAUCUGCAGGGCUCUGCCUGAUUUGGGGUAAACACUGUGUUUCUGCAGCCUCUGCAUUUGCUCCCUUCAGCAGUGCAGAGGCUUGAGAAGUGCCCUCUGCUGGCUUAGUGAGAAGCUUCAACAAACACUUCACAGUAGGUUGAAAUAACUGACCACUAAGGGCCUGCGGAGAUUAAACCCUAAGUUCUAAGUGCUGUCAAACACCUGACAUAUAUUUGACCAAAUCAGAAGAGAGAGAGAACCUCUAUGCUUCAAGUAAGCGUCAUAAAUUUUUUAAGUGACUUUCACUUGAGAACUCAGAAAGUCAAUGUAUUAAGAGCCAUAUUCUGAAAGAAAGAAAGAGAAAGAAAGAAAGAAAGAAAGAAAGAAAGAAAGAAAGAAAGAAAGAAAGAAAGAAAGAAAGAAAAAGAAAGAAAGAAAGAAGCAAGCUAGACAAUGUUAACUGUAAUAUUUCAGUCCUCUACAAGCCAAAUAAAUGUGUCGAUGUUCCUAAUAUUUCAAAGACGCAAUUACAUAAAGUUGUUCAAUGUGAUAUAAUAGUAUUCUAAUUGGUUAAGUAGUUUAAUGAUUAGGCAAACUAGCAGAAACAAUUAGAGGCUGCUACACCACGUAGAUUAUACACACAUAGCCACGUACGUGAGGUACACGGAGCUAUAAAGCUCAAAUCAAUAGUAACACGAUUUUUGGCUAGCAGAAACUAUCACCUAUCUUCCUUUACUUGAGAGUGUACAGUAAAAGGGAUUUUUUUUCAAAUUAUUUUUAUAUUAUUUUAGCUUUAAUUGUGCUGUCAUUCAUGGAACAGCUGCUCAGCAGCCUUCCUGUGAGAGAUGACAGGGGUGUUUUCGUGUGGCUUGUUUACGUGUGGAAUUGGAAAAGAAUAAAAUCUGAUUCCCUUCUGUGGGAAUGGGAUCAAGGGUAGACAAAGGACCCAUGUAGAUCAAGUCAUAACUGAACGACCAGGGAAGGGAGCCAGGCGGGGGCGGGAGUCAGCUGUGGCUUUCAUGUUACCAUUGUGUGGUGGCUGAUGGACGGGACGUGGUUGGAGGGAUGUUUUCUUACUUGGGGUAGAAGUUAACCGGAGAUGAAAGUCUAGAAGCCACUCUGUCCAGUGGAAUCUUAGGGUGUACUUGUUCCUUUGAGCUUUGUAAAUGCACAAUAGUGUACAAUAAUAAGCCUUUCCCUUGCCUUAUGGAAGAAAGUGAGCAAGAUAAUGAAAACCAAGAAGCCACCUAUCAGUUGAAUUGAGUCUAAUCAAAAGGCCAGCCUGAGGCUCCUCUGGUCGGUUCAGUUUAAUUUAGAUAUUUACCAUAGAAUACAGGUACAAUAUGGAAAUCUCAUAAGCAUAAACUUUAAAACGACUAAGCUAUGCUUCCAAAGCACUUUAGUCUCAGUGUUCUUCGCUUCAUGCUCUCUCCACUUGUAAAAUAACUUAGACUUUUCAUUCGCAGGAUGAGUAUAUAAUAAUUAAGUUUCCAAACCAGCUAAACUGUAGCUACAGGCAAUUCCAGUGUUCACCAUGGGAAGAAAAAGCCACAUGUUUUUUUAAAAACACAGAAUUCUGAUAUAGGCUCAGCACACAGUUUUUAACAUAUCAGCUUAGCUGCUCUAAUUGUAUCAAGAUACGAGGCUGGACCACUGGCCUAUGACACAUCUAAAACCUGCCAGAAUUGACUGCCACGUAGAUAAUACUGCUGUCAGUGAACAUUCCGGGCAAGCAAGUUUUUGUAGCUGCCCCACUAUGCUGCAAUAGAUUAUCUUUCUAUUGAAGAUUUCUCGCUGCAUUCCAAUCCCAGUGUGGUGAAAACUUAAUUCCUGGAUUGAAUGAACACAAAUCCAAGGUUUCAUAUAAACGCAGUGCGGUCACUAGGUCUGAGCAUCAACUCAAAUGUGUUGAGUUUGCAAUGAAAUUCUAGUGAGAAUCACUCCAUUCACACAGUAGGAGAUUUUUAUCUGGACCUUCUAGUGUCAACUGUGAGGAGAAACAACAACUAUCAUUAUUAUUUAUUUAUUGUAUUUAUAUCCAAUGCCAGGCCAAAGUAUUGAUUUAGAUCAAGCAGUGCCCUUCCCCCCCUCCCAACCCCCCAUCUUUCUAAUCCUUCUGCACUAUAGAAAGUCAAGACUGGAGGGGAAAUCCAUAUUCAUUGCUGCAGGGGAAAGCAGGUUUAUUAAUCCUCCCGCUGUCUUUAUGAGACCGAUUGACCAAUGUAGCUCAGGCAGAAGUUUCAUGUGGGUGGGAUAUCUACAGGAGCCUAGGAAAACACUUCCAGAGAAGAUAACCACAGACUGUUGUUUUUGUUCAUUUGUUUUAUAUCUUCAUGGUAAGAUAAGCCUGUCACGGAGUUACAAGGCACCAUGACACUAAGGUAGAAUGUUCCAGAAGUCUGGCUACCUUCCCAGGCUGCUCAGUUACCUGGGAGUGUCUAGUUACUAUCUUGUUCUGACGAGAGGAGCUUUUGCUCAAGAACUGCCAGAUACAGACACCAAGUCAGCCCUGGCACACUCUACAACCUCCGGGCAUAGGUAAUGGGUCUUUGACUAUUGGAUUGCCUCAGUGUCAAGUGAGUUCCUAGAAGAAGAGACCGAGUAGGCUCCACCCCCCAGACUCCACCACACUCUGAGUUGCAUUGGCAGGAUCGGUGUCUAGACACAGUUCUUUGUGAAGUGUCAAUGCUAGAGACAGUUGUGAGGAGAUCAUGAUGACAGCCCAGAACUUUCUAGCCUUCAAAUGCAUCCUUUUCCAGUCUUUGUUUUGAUAACAGCUAUUUUGCUAUCAGUUUGGGACAACAGUAGAGUCUGUGGCCAUGUGAUCUACAGCUUAUGAUCACACAGCUCCCAUUUCCUGGUGCCUGAGAUCCCAGCCAUCAGAAAGUGAUUUGGGUGAGAAUUCACAACAUAUAUGUCACCUCUGCAUAUUGAAGUGACAUCUAAUAAAACAAGGACGUCCUAUUUUGUCUGAACCCGCUGAAUGAAGCUCUGUUAUCCUAGUUAGUCAUUGGGCCGCCAUCCUCUGUACCCGAUAGUGACACAAAACAGAUGUCGGUGCCUGUACAAGAAUUCUCAGUGCCUGUUGUGACAGACUGUGCUUAGAAGAAACAUUCGUGAGCCAUAAAGCAGGAACCACAGAUGAAAGGGCCAGUUAAAAGUCCACCUGCUCCAAGUAUCAUAGAAAACCCAAAAGCCUGUUGUAUAAUCUGGUAUUGUCCCCAUCCCCAGAUGCUUUGAAAACUAGGAUUCUCAGAGCAUGGAUACCCACGCUUCCAUCUUCCCACAAACAUUUCCUAGAGUUGUACUGGUGGGUGCAGCGCCUAGGUGGUUGGUUGGGGGAAGUCUUGGAAGCUGUACUUUGAUUGCAGGUCAAGCAAAGCCAAAUCCAGAUAUUUCUGUGUCACUCACCAGUUGUCCAUGUCCACCCACAAAACAAUUGUAUUAUAGUCAAGUUGUCCUAGCUGAUUGGUCCUCAAAUAAGGAUGCAACUAUGUUUGCAACCCAGUUAGGACACAUUUGAAAGAACCUGACUCACUAGCAUCUAAACAAUAUCAUUUCCCCAAUGCUUGGUGGCACUUCAGACUUUUGUUCUCCUGGUUGAUCAAGGUGUUGCCUGGUGGUGCCGCCUCCUAGUGUGAAUAUUUCAGUUAAGUGUGGGUCUGAGCAUGACCGGGCUGGGCUUAGCUCACUGCUACUUGGAAAAUGACUGGCAUUCUGCUUCCUAGGCCCUAAACCCAUAUUCAGAGGGAAAAUUCACUAUCAAGCCUCACAGCGAAAUCACAGCAGUGUUGGAAUUCUUAUUUUCAAGUGCUUAUCUCACAACAUUGAAAAAUAUUUUUGGUGUAUUAAGAUUUAAAAUAAAGUCAUCAUAACUUUUGAUUUAAAA